GCAGAACAGAGCAGAGAGAGAGAGACAACAGAACCCAGGGAGGAGAGAGAGAGAGAUGGAAUGGAGAACAGUGAAGAAAGAGCUUCUUGUUCUAUGGCUUGUCUGUUGUGUUGCAGGGUUUGAAGCUAAGGAUUCAGAGUUGUUGAAGAAGAAUGAGAGAAGGGUUCCGGGUUCCUUAACAGAGAUGAUAGGUCCUGGUUUUCUCUACACCAGAGAUCCAGGGCGAUGCACCCCUCAAUAUUGGAGCAGCAGAAGAGAGGCAUGGCCAAACUCUCUUCCUCAGGACUCAUCAGUCUCAAAGGUGUUUGGGUCAAUACUUUUGGAGAGGUAUGAACCUGAACUCACAUUGUUGGAUGUGAUUCAGAGGAAUGAUGAUAUUGGUGGCAGUAUUUUUAUCAAGUUAGUGAAGCAAGCAAGCACUGCACUUCUCAACUCUUACACAAGGCCUGACUACCCUUACAACCCUUGGGAAGUGAAGGCUCUUCUCGUAGAAGCCAUUAUCUCUGAGAAAGAUGCAGCUUCACAAGCUGAAGCUUUCUCAAAGGCCAACCAUGGCUGCUCUUAACUUUUUUCUCAUGUAGUUUAACCUGUAAGUUAUGUAUUAUGUAAGCUGUCUAUUCUGGUCUGCUAGUCUUGGGGAGGGAGAUUGGCCAUGUCUACUUGUGAAAUUAAGUUUUAUUUAAGGAGAAUGUUUUUGUUCAUUUCAUAGACCAUUGUGUU